AAAAACUUCAUGAACCAUGUGAUUCUAGUUCCCAUAGCACCGUACAUUGAAUAUUUACCAUGGAUUAAUUGAAUACGGAACGACACAGCUCCUAUAUGGAAGGAAAUUCACAAUAUGCAAAUAAAUUCUCCUAGACAUGAAGUGGAAUCUCAAAAGUUAUUAUAUUCAUCCAGUGCGCUUAGUGAGCUUCGCGAUACUUUUUAUUCGAACAGCAAGAAAAAGAAGAGCAGUGUUUUCCAUGUUGUCUUAAAUUCGUGUGGUCUGCUAUUGCAAAGAAACACCACAGAUAACACAGGCGCUGGAAAAGAUCACUUUGUGCCAAUUUCGGAUAUAAUCGGGGGACGAUGUGUGCGUCUACAGAGAUCACCACGUUUUAAAUCGACUGGCGGAUGUGGGGUUUGUACUCCCAGUAUUUCAGAUAAAGAUGGAAAGCCAAAUGAAGACGAGGACGCUUAUUUGUAUGUCUUUGCAUAUAUUCUGAAACGACAGAAGAGGAAUAUGAGAAACGUUGUAAAAAGAGAGCGGACUGUCAUAACACUGAGGUUCCGGUCGUUUGACAGUCACGAGGAUAAUAUGCGCGAGGCCGAGAAAUGGUAUAAAACAUUGAAGGCACACAGAGAAAACUACGUACUGGAAGGUGCGACUAGAUGUACUUUAAAUAUACCACCGAAACGUAUUCUUAUCUUAUUGAAUCCCAAAUCCGGUUCAGGAAAAGCUAGAGAGUUGUUUCAUCGUCAGGUUGUGCCUGUGCUGAAUGAAGCGGAGGUUCCAUAUGAUCUAUAUGUAACUAAACAUUCCAAUUAUGCAUAUGAUUUUGUUAAAAAGCGGGACUUGUCUGUUUGGACUGAAAUCGCGACAGUAGGUGGCGAUGGUCUAUUCCACGAAGUCGUGAACGGAGUGCUGAAACGUCUAGACUGGGAGGAUGUAAUCGAAAACAUAUCAUUGGGCAUCGUACCAUGUGGUUCAGGCAAUGGACUUGCCCGCUCUAUAGCUCACUGUCACGAAGAACCGUAUGAUCCGAAACCUAUUUUGGGAGCUGCUUUGACUCUAGUUGGGGGUCAUUCCACACCAAUGGAUAUCGUUGAAAUUGAGGUACAAGACAAGGUGAUGUAUUCUUUUUUGUCCGUUGGGUGGGGUCUCAUAUCCGACAUCGACAUCGAAAGUGAACGCCUAAGACCCUUAGGGUAUCAAAGAUUUACAAUUUGGACAUUGCAUCGUCUUAUAAACUUACGAACAUAUCGCGGUCGAAUAUCGUAUAUACCUAAAGAAGAAACUGAACCGGGAGCCAUGUCAUCACCACACGAAAUAUCUAGGAGUAAAAGAAGUUUGCAGCACAGUAUCAGCCUCCAGGAAACAUUGGACAAGCAAUACAAAUCCAACGACCACAUAAGCUCAACUGAAUUUGAGGAUGUUAUAUCGCUAGAAACAUUAGCUAACCAAUCAUUUAGAUCGCGUUGUGAUAGCUGGCUAUCAUCGGGAUCCCGAAAAAGUACUUACUAUUCGAUUGCAGAAAGCUUGUAUCACAGUAUUUCCGAUACCAGUGAAUGCAGCGCCAGUCCUUACGCUGAGGGCACUGAUGAUGCUGACGAUCCGCAGUGUGAGCGUUUAAGCGAAAAGAAGGUGGGUCCCCUUCCCAAUAGCAGUAAGUGGAUUGUAGAGGAAGGAGAAUUCGUAAUGAUUCAUGCCGCCUAUCAAAGUCACCUUGGCAGUGACUGUUUUUUUGCGCCCCAAUCUAAGCUCAAUGACGGUACAAUACACUUAGUUAUAAUAUAUGGCGGCAUCAGCAGAUCACAACUGUUAAAUUUUCUGAUCAACAUGAGCUCCGGAACUCACUUACCCUCUCAAAACAACGACUUUAUAAAAGUUGUACGCGUCGAAGCUUUCCACCUGACACCUCAUGAGAACAAUGGCAUAUUGACUGUGGACGGCGAACGGGUGAAAUGUAGUCCACUUCAAGCUAGAAUCAUUCCUGGAGCAGUAAAAAUUAUGAUUCCAAAGAAAAUGCAUUGAUUAAAACUACGAAUUAGUUUCAAGCAUAGAGUUCUAAUAUAUCUCAAAACCACUCCAAUAAUCGUAAUCUCUUAAUAUAGUUCUUUUGUUUUUGUUGAUAUGUGAUAUUCCAAAUAUAGUCAUAACAUCACUUCUCCAUAUAAGUGUAUUUUAAUAUAGAGUACGCCUGCAUACAUAUAUUCUUCCAAAAGUGUGAUUAUACUAACAAAUUACAUAAUAAUUUUAAUGUUGCCACAGUAAUUUUGUUUAUUUUGUACUUUUUGUCAGAAUUUUAAUAAAAAAAAUUUUGAAAUUCUAAAAAA